GUACAGUACAUGCAUGUCGUGCGCUACUGCCGUUAGUCUAAUAAUCGCUUUAUCGCUUGGAACAAUAAAGAUCUUAUGAAAAAUACAGAGCCAGAUAAUUUUUGAAGUCCAACACCUUGCUAUCGUCAAGACUUUCAAGCAUUUCGGAAACGAUCGUUAUUGGCGGAUAUCAUCGAAACGAGACAACAGAAUGGCUGAAAUAGUUGUUGUUGGAAGCCUGAUGAUCGACCUAGUCAGCGUAACGGAACGUAUCCCGAAGCCAGGAGAAACAAUUCAUGGAAAAAGUUUCGCGCAGAACUUCGGUGGGAAAGGAGCCAACCAGUGCGUCGCUGCUCAGAGAUUAGGUGCGCACACUGCUAUGAUUGGAAACGUGGGCGACGAUGAUUUUGGGCAUCAGUACAAAACGGAAUUCGAAAACUCUGGAGCGAAUACAGAUUAUUUGCGACAAAUUUCGAACUGCCGAACGGGUAUUGCUUCGAUAUGGGUAGAGGCAUCCGGACAGAACAGUAUAAUCAUAACAGCCAACGCCAAUGAAAAGCUGACUGCUAAGAACGUUGCGGAAGCUGCAAAGGUCAUCAAGGCGGCCAAGAUGGUUAUUUGCCAGUUGGAGGUGUCCCAAGAAGCAUCGCUCGAAGCUCUUAAGCUUGCUAAGGCUGACGGAGUGCGCUCCAUUUUUAAUCCAGCGCCUGCCACAUCCGAGUUAAAUGCAGCAUUCUGGAACGUUCUGGAUAUUAUAUGUCCUAACGAAACGGAAGCUGAACUCCUGUGUGGAUUCCCGGUUGAUUCGGAAGAGUCUUAUCAAAAGGCGAUUGAUUUCCUUUUGGGAAAAGGUGCUCAGACGGUCAUAUUAACACUUGGAGAAAAAGGAGCCGUUUUCGCGUCCAAGGACAGCCAGAAAAUUACCCACGUAACAACUUCCAAAGUUCACGUCGCUGAUAGCACU